AGGGUUCCAUUCGGGUCUGGGUGGCCGGGGUCAGCGGUGCUGUGUCCCCUGUCCAUUCCCCUGGUGGUUUCGGUAGCGACUGAUUCCCAGAGCGGCUCCGAGUCCAAGUCUCGUCGUUCCUGGACAGGAAGCUGGCUGACCGGCCCAGGUCUUGCGGUGCUUACAGACACAUAAUGUCAAUAGUCCGUUCAUCCGUCCACGCCAAAUGGGUUGUGGGGAAGGUGAUUGGUACAGCCAUGAUAAAAACGGCUAAAGUAAGAGCGACCAGACUUGUUUUGGAUCCCUACUUACUGAAGUACUUUAAUAAGCGGAAAACCUACUUUGCUCACGAUGCCCUUCAGCAGUGCAGCGUCGGAGACAUCGUGCUCCUCAGAGCUUUGCCCGUCCCACGAUCGAAGCAUGUGAAGCAUGAACUGGCUGAGAUCAUCUUCAAAGUCGGCCGAGUUAUCGACCCGGUCACCGGAAAGCCCUGUGCAGGAACUGCCUACCUAGAGAGCCCCCUCAGCGAGCCUCGGGAGGAGCUCAAGGUCUCCUGAACCUGGGAAAGGAGGAGCCAGAGGGAUUUCUCUCUAUGUGUUUUGCUCAAUGGUUUUCAUUACUGUUUCUCCUGUGACAUUAAAAGUAGUCAGCGAAGCAAAGAGCUUAGUGCCCCAUANAGGUUUGCAUCCUUUUUCAGAGUCUCUGAACUGAAGGUACUUUCCGAUUACUCUGUAUGCCUAAGGAUGCUGCAUCAUUUUGUAAGCUCACUGUCCUAGAUCGUAUAUAUUGUCUCAUUGGUCAUUGCCUCGCUCAAAGAAAUCUUGGACUUGGCACCUUUAUUUUGAAAGAAGAAAACCUUUUGAUAAUGACAUAAAAGGCUAAACUUAGUUUUGAUCGCUUAGUUUUUCAAAAUUCAUUGUGUGUGUCCAUGAUGCCUGUGUGGGCCCACAUGCCACCGCACGCACACUGUGGCAGCCAGAGGACAACUUUGUGGAGUCGGGUCUCCUUUCACUCUUACAUGGUUCCCAGUAACACACCUGUGCCCACUGAGCCAUGCUAUUGGCACCGAGUUUUAAUGAUUCAUAUUCAAAGUAAAUUGGGGUGUUUUGUUGUGGUUUUGGAGACAAGGUUUCUCUGUGUAGCCUUGGCUCUCCUGGAACUAGCUCUGUAGACCAGG